AUGUCAGCCACAACCUUUACGGUCCGAAAUGAACAUCCCGCACAUCGCGUUCAAACGCGACGGAUUUCGACGACAAACUUGGCUGUCCGAGAGCAGGAGAAAAAUCGCGUCCAAACGCGGCGAAUGUCGAUAGCGUCCGGUGCGGCCCGAGAGCGGCAGGAAAAUCUCGGACAUCGUCUUCGAGAGCAGCAGGACCACCUCGGACAGCGCGUCCAAACGCGAAGAAUGUCGACCGCAUUAUGCACAAUCCGAGAGCAGCAGGAACAUCCCGGACGGUCAUCGGUGGGCAAGCUGCAGUCACAGGAACACCCAGGACAAAACAUCCAAACUCAAGCAAAUCGCGUCCAAACGCGGCAGUUGUCGAUCGCACGCUCUGCGGUCCGUCAGCAGCAGGGUCAACGUGUCCAAACGCGGCGGAUGUCAAUCACACCAUCUGCGGUUCUCGAGCAAUUGGAACAUUCCGGACACUCUGCGGUCCACAAGCAGCAACCGCAAAUUUCCGCUUGUGAACAUAAAAAGCGGACAAACUUUGCCAUAUAUGUCAUCGUUUGGGUAGGGUACAUAAUUUUAAAAUUCAAAACACUGAAUAAUCAUCUAACAAAUGAAUAAAACAAAAAAAUGUUAACAAUUGA